GGAGGCCAAAUUCUUAGAAACGCCGUCUCCUUUUCUGCCAUUUGUCAAAGUAAUGUUGAAGUGAACAGCAUUCGUGCCGGCAGACCAAAUCCCGGCUUAAGGCAAUACAUAAUUUUAUUUAACCAACACAUGUUUGGCCUAGAACUAGCUGCUAAAUUGUGUGAUGCCGAGCUUCUGGGAUGUUGUCCUAAAUCGAAGGAGAUAGUUUUUCGCCCUGGAGCCAUCAAAGGUGGAGUCUAUCAGUGCGACGUUAAAACUGCGGGGUACCGAGGCCUGUUUUAA